UGUCCGAGUUCUCGUAGACUGAGAGUAUAAGAGAGCAGGUGUUAAGGCGAAUUAAUCCCCGCGUCCUGGCCCUUCCUCUCCCAGCUCUGUGUUCUACCUUUUUUUUUUCUUUCUUUUUUUCCUUUAAUCAUUUUUAUUAUUAUAAUAUACACCUUUGUUUUCAUAGGUUUCAAAUCGUUUUUAUCCAAAAUUUCGCAGAGCUUUGAGGGUUAGGAGGUGUGGAUUCAAUCCAAUAUUAAUCCUGUUCUGCGUUUCCCACCUGUGUCACCGUUUCGAUCAAUCCUUUCUUGUUUUCAUUUUCUUCCGGUAGAUUUAGGGUUUCAUACUUUCUUUCUUUCUUUAUCAAUAGUGUGAUUGAUUACGUUUUAAGAACCAACAACACCAUAGCAUAACGAUUCUUGUCUCAGAUUUAAGAAAUGGAAAAGAAAAAAGCGACGGUACCUCUUGUUUGUCACGGUCACUCUCGUCCAGUUGUUGAUCUCUUUUACAGUCCUGUUACUCCCGAUGGCUUCUUCCUUAUUAGCGCCAGCAAAGAUGCUAGCCCUAUGCUGAGGAAUGGAGAGACUGGAGAUUGGAUUGGAACAUUUGAAGGCCACAAAGGUGCAGUUUGGAGUUGCUGUUUGGAUGCUAAUGCUCUGCGGGCUGCAACUGCUUCUGCUGAUUUCUCAACCAAAGUUUGGGACGCAUUAACUGGAGACGAGUUACAUUCUUUUGAGCAUAAGCACAUUGUUAGAGCAUGUGCUUUUUCUGAGGAUACUCACCUUUUGCUCACUGGGGGAGCUGAGAAAAUUCUCCGAAUUUAUGAUUUAAAUCGGCCUGAUGCACCACCCAAAGAAGUGGAUAAAUCCCCUGGUUCAGUCAGGAGUGUUGCAUGGCUUCAUAGUGACCAGACAAUUUUGAGUUCAUGCACUGAUAUGGGAGGUGUCAGGCUAUGGGAUGUAAGAACUGGUAAGAUAGUCCAAACACUUGACACCAAAUCACCUAUGACUAGUGCUGAAGUGAGUCAGGAUGGUCGUUAUAUUACAACAGCUGAUGGUUCUACAGUCAAGUUUUGGGAUGCAAAUCACUAUGGAUUGGUGAAGAGCUAUGAUAUGCCGUGUACUGUGGAAUCAGCUUCAUUGGAGCCCAAGUUUGGGAACAAGUUUGUUGCUGGGGGAGAAGACUUGUGGGUUCAUGUUUUUGAUUUCCAUACUGGCAAUGAGAUUGCAUGCAACAAAGGCCAUCACGGUCCUGUACACUGUGUCCGUUUCUCUCCUGGAGGAGAAUCAUAUGCAUCAGGAUCUGAGGAUGGAACCAUCAGAAUAUGGCAAACAGGCCCAUUGACUCCUGGUGAACCAGAGGGUUUAUCACCAAAUGGAUCCUUAGAAAAGGAGAAGGCAAAUGCAGAGGAGGAUGUUUCACGCAGAAUUGAGGGUUUUCAUAUUGCAGAUGAGAAGUCCAAGGGAAAAGAAGAGGCGGGGGAUGAGUCAUGAUACUAAUAAUAAUUGCACCCUUUUGCCUGCGUUGUUUUACAAUUUUAGCAUGUUAUCUGAAUCGUGGGCCUUCUAAUAUACAUGAUUAGUAUACACUAAAUUUUGUAAGUUUUAGCUGUAUCGAACAUUUAAUGAAUUGAUGAGCCGGAUAAAUGAUAGUUAAGUUUUGUUUGUUAUAA